AUGACAACGGUGCCGGUCAGCGAAGUUAAGAGCACACAUGAUCGCUCCUCAAGAACCGCGGCGCAUUCCCAUAUCAAAGGCCUAGGCCUGUCAAGUGAUGGGCGUGCGACAACCUCAGCCGGAGGCUUCAUCGGCCAGGCUGCAGCUCGAGAGGCAUGCGGUCUGGUCGUCGACCUUGUCAAGGCAAAGAAGAUGUCUGGUAGAGCUGUGCUGCUCGCAGGUGGACCGGGAACGGGCAAGACUGCACUGGCAUUGGCCGUAAGCCAGGAACUCGGCACAAAGGUCCCCUUCUGCCCUAUUGUCGGCAGUGAGAUCUACUCUGCGGAGGUCAAGAAGACAGAGGCGCUCAUGGAGAACUUCAGAAGGGCCAUCGGUCUGCGCGUCAAGGAAACAAAGGAAGUCUACGAAGGUGAAGUGACCGAGCUCACCCCAGAGGAAGCUGAGAAUCCACUCGGAGGCUACGGCCGCACCAUCUCCCAUCUCCUCAUUACGCUCAAGUCUGCCAAGGGCACAAAGAAGCUGCGACUCGAUCCAUCCAUUUACGAGGCUAUACAGAAGGAGCGCGUGCGCUUGGGCGAUGUCAUCUACAUUGAAGCCAACACGGGCGCUGUGAAGCGCGUUGGCCGAUCAGACGCUUACGCGACCGAGUUCGAUCUCGAAGCAGAGGAGUAUGUGCCUAUACCAAAGGGCGACGUGCACAAGAAGAAGGAGAUUGUCCAAGACGUUACCCUACACGACUUGGACGUUGCAAAUGCACGGCCGCAGGGAGGUCAGGACAUUAUGAGCAUGAUGGGUCAGCUCAUGAAGCCAAAGAAGACGGAGAUUACAGAGAAGCUGCGGUUAGAGAUCAACAAAGUUGUCAACAGGUACAUCGACCAGGGAAUCGCCGACCUAGUACCCGGUGUUCUCUUCAUUGAUGAGGUUCACAUGCUUGACCUCGAGGCUUUCACCUUUCUCAACCGCGCGCUUGAGUCGCCCCUCUCGCCCCUCGUUAUUCUUGCUUCAAACCGUGGCAACACGCACAUUCGCGGCGGCACAAACCUGCCUCCUUCGGCCCAUGGCAUCCCAACGGAUUUACUUGCACGACUCCUCAUCAUUCCCACACAUCCGUACAGUCCGGCAGAAAUCAGCUCCAUCAUCACUACGCGCGUUACGACGGAGAAGCUCAACAUCUCGCCGGCAGCAAAGGACAAGGUCAGCUCAUUGGGCGAGAAAAUCAGUCUGCGGUAUGCGCUGCAAUUGCUAGCGCCUGCCAGCGUACUGGCCGAGGUGAAUGGACGGGAGAAUAAGCAGAUUGAAGUUGAGGACGUAGAGGAGUGCCAGGAUCUGUUCUUGGAUGCACGAAGAAGCGCAGAAGCAUUGGGACAGGCAAGUGGGUAUAUCUCGUAG